CUCAUCCAAGCUCCCAGGCCUGCGACAGCGGCGACGACGACGUCCCUCGUUCCUCUCCAAGCACCACCCGGCGCCGUCUUCCCGACGCCUUUGCUCGUCAGCGCAUCCUCAUCUUCAAAGCCCAUCUGCUGCUGUGACUUCGUGCCCGAUCCGCGAAACGCCAACGCUCAUCCAAGCAGGUCGCCAUGCAGUUCAUCAAAUCCUACGAAGAGUUUGUCCUCCGGAACGCCUCCCAAGUCAGCGGACUGGAGAGCACCCUCAAGUCACUUACAUAUCUACUCCCUGGCCGUUUCCAUGACUCUGAGCUAGCCUCCGAAGCACUCUAUACCUUUGCCAACCUCAUGGGCCUCUGGCACGACAAGAUCCUGGCUCGGUCGGCCCGCGAUCAGCAACGCGGGCUCAAAGGCCCCUCCACCCAGUUCAAUUCCUUCACCCUGUCCAUGCUCAAGUCGUCCUCGCUCUAUCAAAAGAUUGCCUAUGCCAUCACCGUUGUGCAGCUCACUGAAGUUCUGACGGAAAUGGUUGCCCAACGAACAGGCGGCAAGAAGGCAAAGUGGAACACCAUUACAGCGCUCGAGAUCGUAAAGGCUCUUUGUCGAGUUGCUCUCUUGUAUCUGUCCGAUCGCAAGAUGAUCCUCCACUCCCAAGUCCCGGAGCGGGACUAUGACAUGUCCACGCUGCAUCCCGUCGAUCCCCUGGACGACCUGCUGCCCCCUGCCGGCAGCUGGCGUGCGCCGCGAUCCGGCAAGAACAUCUUGUCGCUCUCCUCUGUCAUGCGCAAGGACAGCGGCGUCGAUGGCUUGUCGCGAUUGCUCGAUUCCCGAGCUCUCGCGGAGCCAAAUCGCGUGCCCCAGGAUCUGGUGCCAGGGUUGUCCAGCCAGCGGAUCAUAGCCGAGUGGAUGUUCAUUCUCCGGCCUUUGGUUUAUGUUCUGGCGAUUCGAAAGUACGGCCGUCGAUCUUGGAAGCCGUGGGCGAUUUCGCUGUUUCUGGAGCUCGCCAGCUUCAGCGCCUCACUGGACUCUAAGCUCAACUUCAGGAAGAACCUGAGCUCGCUUGAGAAGGAAGAGUAUCGAAAGCGUGCGAGCUACUUUUUGUUCUAUCUGCUCCGCAAUCCCUGCUACGAAGCUGUUACCAGACCCAAGUUGUCGUCGGUGAUCGCUGGCAUGUCCAAAGUCCCCUUGAUCUCCAUUGCCGCCGGCCUCUUGGACGACUACAAAGUCUUCUGGGAGUCUUACUACUUUUAUACCUCAGGCUACUAGAGCGCCGGCUCCUUCCCUGUGUCCUCGACCACCUUUAGAAACCUGCCGCGGCCUCGCUGCUGUUGCAAGCACUCGUUGGAGUGUUCUCUGAACUGCUUUCAAUUCUGUCGCAACUUGCCCAGUGAACUGCGCUCCUAUUCGCCCACCAAAGCUGCCUGUGGGGCUGCCAGCUUACUGCUACUGUGUCGCUGCCGCCCAAUAUACAGCUUCUCAUUCUUUCACACACUCUUUAUGCUG